AUGGCUGCUCGUUCUUCAAAACCGAAUCACGUUCGAUCAAUCAGUUUUCCUGGGAGAUCACACCCUACCACACAGAGAGUAGAAGAGGAGCUCAACAAGCUCAAAUCAUUAGAAGUACCAGCUGCACCAAAAGCAGACACUGUGUACAAUGGUCUACUCGGUUUGGAGAAAUUAUACAAGUGCAUAGAUGAUCUUCUCAACUUGACACAAACCCUCUCCAAAAAUCUAGAUGCUAAAUGGGUUGACGAUUUAUUGGACAAAUCAGUGAGGCUUCUUGAUGUUUGUGGCGAUACAAGGGAACUUGUCUCACAAUAUAAAGAAAAUGUAAGAGAUCUUCAAUCAUCUCUCAGAAGGAGAAAAGGAGAUUCAACUACAGAUGACACCGUUGAAAGAUUUACCUCUUUCGGCAAGAAGAUCAAGAGGGAUGCCAAAAGAUUAGUGUUGACUUUGAAACAAAUGGAUCAAGAGACUGCGGUACCAGUCUUGCUAGAUGCAGAUCAAGAUACAAUAGCUGCAAUUAGAGCACUAAGAGAAGCUAAUACAGUAUGCAUUUCAACUUUCCAAAUGCUCUUGUCCUUCCUGUGUGUGCCAAGUUUGAAGCCUAAACAAUCAAAAUGGUCAUUGCUUUCAAGAUUGGUACACAAAGAUAGAAUAGCACCUGAAGUCCAAGAAGAAAACACGAGCUUAGAAACCAGGCUGGAAAACUUCGAGGCUUACCUUGACAGCUUUGAAAAUGCACUAGAAGCUACAUUUAGGUGCUUGAUUAGAUCUAGAAGCUCGGUCCUCAAUGUUCUUUCCUGCUAA